GGGCUGACUUCCCGAUUCGGGUUCGAAAGCGCGACCCGUUUCGAUUAAAUAUCUUAUCCAUACUAAACAAAGAAGAAAAAAGCACGAAGACCCAACCGACUUAAUCCACUAUACUACGAUUUACCGCCACAAUGUUCUCUACGAUUAACGCCUCGCCCGCUUCCCGUUCCCCUUCCUUGGCCAGCGCUGGUUCCGCGGCCUCUUUUGCCUUGGGCUCUGGAUGGGCCACUCCCGAACUUCUCUCCACCUCCUCCACUUCUUCCCAUGCGUGUCAGACCCUUACCAUUACCUAUCAUGCCUUUGAGCAUUCCCUCACCGUCGCUAGCGGCUCUUACCCCACGGCUCUGCAGCUGCGCGACGACUUCCUCCAUGACCUGAGCAAGACUCCGGGUGAUGAGGAAUUGUCCUCGCUGGUCGAGCUUUGGGCUCGAUUCCUCAGCUUUACUGUGCGCCGCCUGGAGCGGGAGCGCCGUGGGUUGAAGGAGGAUGACUUGCGGGUGCUCCUCGCCACGGCGAUGGACACCUUCGAGAGAGACAUCCUGUGGAAUCGGGAAGUGCAUGGAGUGGUGAAGGAGCUGGACGCAAGCACCGAUGUGAAGUCAACCAUUUUAGCGGCCUAUGUUCAGGCGCGUCAUGCUUUGAGAAAGAUCAGUCGGCCAUCCCACCCGCCGUCGGCGCUUAUGACGGCUGCGUUGGACCGAAAAGCGCACUUGUACACCGUGUUUGGUGGCCAGGGUAACGAUGAGAAUUAUUUCGACGAGCUGCGCAUGGUAUACAAUACCUACCGACCACUAGUGCGUGACUUGGUUGUCUCCGCAUCCAGCAUGCUGCAGCGCCAGUCCCUCGACGACCGCUUCAGCCGCUUCUAUCACCAGGGUCUGGAUAUUAUCACUUGGCUGGAGCAUUCCGAGCGGGCCCCAGACUCAGCCUACUUGAUCUCCGCCCCACUUAGUAUGCCGCUUAUCGGCCUUCUCCAACUGGCUUGGUAUCGCGUGAUUGGGCGUGUUCUGGGGUCCACUCCAGCACAGAUCCAGGCUGCACUCGCGGGUACCACUGGCCACUCGCAGGGCAUUGUGACCGCAACGGUUACAGCCGUGGCCCAGUCAUGGACCCAGUUUGACAACCUUGCCCUGGAUGCCUUGCGCCUCCUGUUGGCCAUUGGAGCCUACAGCCAAGACCACUUUGCAGUAGCCGAGCUGCCACCAGUCAUUGUGGCCGAUGCGGAGGCUCAUGGCGAGGGCUUUCCGGGACCCAUGCUCAGUGUGACGGACUGCCCUCUUGAACAACUCCAAAAAUACGUCGACGCCGUCAAUGCACACCUCUCGGAGGACGCCCGCAUUGCCAUUGCUCUGAUCAAUGGACCACAGAGCGCCGUGCUGGCAGGUCCCCCGUUGUCCCUGCAUGGCUUCAACGUCUGGUUGCGUGGUGUCAAGGCGCCUGCGAAGGGCACCCAGCACCGCAUUCCUUUCAGCAAGCGGAAACCCGAGAUCAGUAACCGAUUCCUCCCCAUCACCGCCGCCUUCCAUAGCAGUUACCUGGCCGAUGUCUCCGACGCGGUUCUCGCCAGUGUCCCCGACUUGACCAUCAUGGGCGACGACCUUCGCAUUCCCGUGUUUUGUACGCGCACGGGUAGUGACUUGCGGGCAUUCGGGAGUCAGAAUAUUGUUCCCGACCUGGUGGCAAUGAUCACUUCCCAGGAACUUGUUUGGACCGAAGCCACCAAGUUGCCUGGCGCCACGCACAUCAUCGACUUCGGCCCGGGAGGCGUAUCCGGUAUUGGUGCGUUGACCAAUCGACUCAAGGAUGGCACAGGAGUCCGAACCAUCCUGGCCACGGUCGCGGAGGGCACCAACACAGACAUGGGCUAUCGCAGCGAGAUCUUCGACUGGAGUCCUUCCCCCGGUCUGGCGUACGGUCAGAUUUGGAGCGAACAAUACCAGCCACGGCUGGUUCAAGUGUCUGGGAGCCGCCCCAUGGUCGACACCAAGCUGAGUCGCCUGCUAGGACUCCCACCGGUUAUUGUGGCGGGUAUGACCCCGACCACAGCGGCCUGGGACUUCUGUGCAGCGGUGAUGAAGGCUGGUUAUCAUGUCGAACUGGCGUUGGGAGGUUAUCAUCGCCCGGACCAGCUUGAAACGGCCAUUCAGCGUCUAUUGCGAGAGAUUCCUCCGGGUCGCGGAAUUACUGUCAACAUGAUUUAUGCUGCCCCCAAGGCAGUACGCUGGCAGGUUCCGUUACUCACACGUCUUCGGGCGUCGGGAGUACCGAUCGAGGGUCUUACGGUAGGCGCUGGCGUUCCCUCGCUGGAAGUCGCUACAAGUUACAUCCGCGAUCUUGGGUUGCGCCAUAUCAGCUUCAAACCAGGGUCGCUCCCGGCGAUUCACCAGGUCAUUGCAAUCGCGCGUGCCCAUCCCAACUUCCCAGUAAUCCUCCAAUGGACUGGCGGUCGCGGGGGUGGCCACCACUCUUUCGAAGACUUCCACCAGCCAAUCCUCCAGGCUUAUGGUGCAGUACGUAGCUGCUCGAACCUGAUCCUGGUGGCAGGCAGUGGCUUCGGAGGGGCCGAUGACACCUUCCCCUACCUCACCGGUGAGUGGGCGCAACGCUACAACCGGCCACUCAUGCCCUUUGACGGCAUUCUGCUGGGUAGCCGCUUGAUGACCGCCAAGGAGGCUCAUACCAGCCCAGCGGUGAAGCAAGCGAUUGUUGCGGCACCGGGUGUGGCUGACGAGGCCGACUGGGAACAGACCUACACACAGCCGGCAGGAGGAAUUAUGACGGUGACCUCCGAGAUGGGAGAGCCCAUCCACAAAUUGGCGACGCGUGGGGUGCGCCUCUGGGCGGAAUUGGACCGGACAAUCUUCAAACUCGAUCGCGCACAGCGUCUCACUCAGCUGCAGAAGCAGCGGGACUACAUAAUCCGCCGACUGAAUGCCGACUCCCACAAAGUCUGGUUUGGACGCGACGAGCUAGGGAAUGUGGUGGAUCUGGAGGAGAUGACCUAUGCGGAGGUCAUCUCGCGGCUGGUUGAGUUGACGUACGUUAAACUCGAAGGCCGUUGGAUUGACCCUUCAUUCCAGCAGUUUCUGUUCGAUUUCCUCUUGCGCGUAGAAGCACGAAUCGGUCACGAGAGAGAGGAAGAGAAGGAGGGUGACGACAUGGAGAUUACCUCUUCUGUGGUCGCCAGCGUGGACGACCUUCACGACCCCCAACCAGCUAUUGACAAAUUCCUCGAGCAGAAUCCCUACGCCGCUGACCAGCUCAUGGGUACACAGGAUGCCCAGUAUUUCCUGCAUUUGUGCCGACGACGCGGGCAGAAGCCGGUCCCGUUCGUGCCCGUGCUGGACGAAAACUUCGAGGAGUACUUCAAGAAGGACUCGCUGUGGCAGUCGGAGGACCUCAACGCCGUUGUCGAUGGUGACGUUGAGCGUGUGUGUAUUCUGCACGGACCAGUCGCAGCGCGUCACUCAAAUGCAGUCGAUGAGCCAGCGCGCAAGAUCCUGGAUACCAUCCAUGAGGGGCAUAUUGAGCGUUUGGAGAUGCGGGACCCUGACUACUUUGAGGAUGGGAUCCCCAUUGUUCAUUGCUUUGGGCCCUACCCCGUCGUCAGUGAGUGGAGCAUGGCGCAGGCUGGUAUCCACUGCGUCCCCGUUGGUAACACUGGGUCGCUUCUAUACGAGGUAUCUCCUGAGAUGAAUACCCCGAUGCCAUCGCUGGACCAGUGGUUAGCUGCGCUAGGUGGGACGCAGGGUGGCUGGCGCCAGGCCUUCUUCAAUGCUCCCACGAUUGUGCAGGGCCGGGCGAUUUCUGAGAACCCACUCCGCCGACUCUUCCAGCCGACGCGCGAUUCCUAUGUGAUGGUCCAGACCGGUCACCGGUCCGACACAACUGUUUCGUUGUUCGAAUACCGCCCACAUUCUGAACCGGUGAAGGUUGUCGAUAUCCGGGCUGACGAAUCUGGGUCCAUCACGCUGGAGAUCAUCAACUACCGUAACGCUGGUGGUGCGGCUAUCGGCCUGCGGCUGAUGUACCAGUACCGGCGCGAUGCGGUGUACGCACCCAUCCAUGAGAUCAUGGAGGGUCGCAAUGAGCGGGUCAAGGAGUUUUACUAUCGUGUGUGGUUCACCAGCUCGCAGCCGAAGAAGUGGACAUCCGUGCACGAUACAUUCUGCGAGAAUGGCCUCGAAGUCACGGCGGAUUCGAUUGCAGAGUUUGCGCACUGUGUGCAGAACGCGAGUGAUGCAUCCAGCAAGCGUCGUGGAAAGACCCUGUACGCACCGCUUGACUUUGGCGUUGUCGUAGGCUGGGAGGCACUGAUGAAACCACUCUUCUCGCACGAGCUGGACGUAGAUCUCUUGACCCUGGUGCAUCUCACUAACGGGUUCCGCAUCCCGCCAGACGCGCAGCCGAUCCAGGAGGGCGCUGUCCUUGAGACCAAGUCUCGCAUUCAGGCAAUUACGAUCGAAGAUGCUGGUAAGCUUGUGGAAGUGCGCGGUGAUGUCUACCAGGAAGGGAAGGUCGUCCUCGAGUUGACCAGCCAAUUUCUGUACCGCGGCACGCACACGGACUGGGAAAAUACCUUCCGUAAGGUCGAUGAAGAAGAAAUGGAAUUGUGCCUCAGCGGACCGAUGGAGGUGGCCCUGCUGAAGUCCAAACCGUGGUUCAAGCCACGGGAUGCUGACCUAGAUCUGCAGGACCAGACGCUAAUCUUCGUACUGCAGUCGACCUAUCAAUACGCCAGCAGGGACACGUUCAAGGCCGUUACCACCGUUGGUGAUGUGCGUCUGAAGUCCUCACUGCCUGGUCGGUCUAGCUCUGUUGCCACAGUAGCCUUCUACGCCGCCACCUGUCGCGGCAACCCAGUCAUGGACUACUUACAGCGCCAUGGCAGCCCAGUCAAGAAACGGCACAUGUUUAACAACCCUAUGCCACUCACCGGCGAUGGGUCGUCACUCAUGAUGAGAAUGCCGGACUCGAAUGAGGCCUAUGCCCAUGUCUCCUGGGAUUUCAAUCCCAUCCACGUCUCGUCCUCCUUAUCUCGGUAUGCUGAUCUACCGGGGCUCAUCACGCACGGCAUGUACACGUCGGCACGUGUCCGUGGUCUCGUCGAGCAUUAUACUUGCGCGUCGGCCAUUGGUGCGUUCCGUAGCUUCAACUGCUCGUUCACCAGUAUGGUGCUCCCUGGGGAUGAAAUUGAGGUUAUCUUCCAGCACGUAGGUAUGCUGGCGGGCCGCAAGAUCAUCUCCGUCGAGGCGAAGCAUGUCCAGCGUGGAGAGACCGUGCUGCGUGGGGAGGCCGAAGUGGAACCGGAGGAGACGGCGCUGUUGUUCACGGGCCAGGGAAGUCAGCAGAAGGGGAUGGGAAUGCAGCUGUAUACUCAGAGCGAGGCUGCACGGCAAGUGUGGGAUUACGCUGAUACCUACUUCUCCGAUAAUUACGGUUUCCGCAUAACCGAUAUUGUCCGCAAUGACCCAAAGGAGCUCACCGUGUACUUCGGAGGCCCGCAAGGUCGGCACAUCCGCGAGAAAUACAUGAGCAUGAAGCGAGAAUCCGUCGGCACCGAUGGAAACGUCCAACUUCUCCCGUUGUUCCCCGAGAUCGACGAGGACACUGAGUUCUACACGUACCAUGCACCCCAGGGGCUGUUGUCGGCUACGCAGUUCACCCAGCCAGCUUUGACGCUGAUGGAGCUGGCGAUCUUUGCAGAUCUCCAGGCGAGAGGAUUAAUCUCGGAGCGGAGCUCGUACGCCGGUCACUCGCUGGGCGAGUAUGCAGCCCUCGGUGCGGUCGGGAAGAUCUUCAGUGUGGAGAGCCUGGUGCAAGUGGUAUUCUAUCGCGGAUUGUUGAUGCAGUUCGCCGUGGAGCGCGAUGGCCGAGGGCAAUCCGACUUCCGGAUGUGCGCGGUUGAUCCAAGCCGGGUCUGUGCGGGCUUCGAUCAAGCAGCGCUGCAGCUGGUGGUGGAAACCAUUGCAGCCGAGACGGGACAGUUGCUGCAGAUUGUCAACUUCAACGUUGCAGGGUUGCAAUAUGUGUGCGCUGGACAGACCCAACCUCUCCAGUGUCUCAAAUCGGUCCUCGAUCAUAUCAACGCGACCGCUGCCUCUCUUCUCCCUUCGAACGUCCUGUCUCCCGACCAGCUAACCUCGCUAGUAAAAUCACAAGUUGCUACUACCCAAGCCAGUACAGCCCUCACGCGAGGCUGUGCGACAAUCCCUCUCAAGGGUAUCGACAUUCCAUUCCAUUCCUCGCAUCUCCUGCCCGGUGUGCCUGGCUUCCGACGCUGCUUGCUGGACUUGAUCGACCGUCAUGCGCUGGACCCGAAGCGAUUGGUCGGAAAGUACGUUCCUAAUCUGACGGCGCGGCCGUUCCAAUUGACGAAAGAGUAUUUCGAGAUGGUCCGAGAUUUGACUGGGUCUGCUGCUCUGAUGGGAGUCUUGAACGAGUGGGAAACCUAUAUGAGCACUGCUGGAAAUUGUGGAAUGGAGAAGAUUGAGUCUGUUAUUCAGUCGAUGAAGGUGUUUUGAUGUUUUUUUUGUACCCAUGAUUUGUUGUUUUGUACCGAUAGACCUGCAUCCUUCAAUAUACCCUCUACAGCAUUGAA